UGGUCCGCUGCCGACCGGCCCGCCCACCCGCCCUCUUCCCCUCUCCUUCCUAACCUCCCCUGCAAUCCCACAGACUAAGCCAUCCCGGUCACCCUCUCUCUUCCCCAGCAGCGGCGGGGCUUGCGCUUCCAUCGUCUCCUCCGUAGCUAGCUUGGCUAGGCAGUGUCCAGUGUGUGUUGAUGGGGAUCUGCGCGUCGUCGAAGCGCGUGGAGCAGGAGCAGGAGUGCGACGAGAACGUGGUGUACGUGAUGGACGAGCAGUGCGGCGGCGACGGCGGAGGAGGAGCACCGGGGGAGGAGGACGCGCCAGCGGCCUGCAGGAAGGUGGCCUCCCUCUUCUCGCAGAAGGGCAAGAAGGGGCCCAACCAGGACGCCGUCAUCCUCUGCCAGGGUUUCGGCAUGGAGGACGGUGUGUUCUGCGGCGUCUUCGACGGGCACGGCCGGUGCGGUCAGUACGUGAGCAAGCUGGUGCGGGACUACCUCCCCUUCAUGAUCCUCAGCCACCGGAACGCGCUCCUCCUGGGCGCCGGCGACGACGACGACGGCGACCCGGCCUUCAGCGACGCGUCGCCGUCGUCGUCGACGGACGGCAGCGGCGGCGGCUCGUCGCCGUCGCCGGCGCAGCUGCUGGACGAGUGGCGGGAGGCCUGCGCCAACGCGUUCGAGGCCAUGGACAGGGAGCUCAAGCUCCAGCCCAACAUGGACUGCAACUUCAGCGGCACCACCGCCGUAUGCGCCAUCAAGCAGGGCAGGGACCUCAUCCUCGCCAACCUCGGCGACUCCAGGGCGGUGCUCGCCACCAUGUCGGACGCCGGCUACCUCCGCGCCGUCCAGCUCACCGCCGACCACAAGCCCGGCGUGGCUCAGGAGGCGGAGCGGAUCAAGCGCUGCGGCGGCCGCGUUUUCGCGCUCAAGGACGAGCCGUCGGUGCAGCGCGUGUGGCUCCCCGGCGAGGACUGCCCGGGGCUCGCCAUGGCGCGGUCGCUGGGGGACCACCGGCUGAAGCCGCACGGCGUGGUGUCGGAGCCGGAGGUGGCACACCGCCGCGUCGGGCGCGGCGACCUGUUCAUCGUCCUCGCCACCGACGGCGUGUGGGACGUGCUGAGCAACGAGGAGGUGGUGUCCAUCGUCUGCGCCACCCCGAGGAAGCAACACGCGUCCAAGGCCGUCGCGGAGGCGGCGGCGCAACGGUGGCGGACCAGGUACCCGUUGUCGCGCGUCGACGACUGCUCCGCCGUCUGCCUCUUCCUCAGGGACCAGGACUGGGGCGGCACCGUCGCCGCGGCCAGGGCCAAGGCGGCCGCCGCCGCGGCGGCGGGAGCGCCGCACGGACCCUGCUAAAAGCCGAGGCAGGCGGCGAACGGAGCAGAGCUCCGCCCGGCGAGAAGCCGCCGGAGAUGAGGUGCUGCAACGGCAAGUGGUCUGAUGAGAGUGUAAUUAAGUGCUGUAACAUAGUGGUAAUUAAGCUCUUGGUGUUUUUUUUCUUUUUUUGCAACAAUGCAAAGGAGAUGAGGAGAGAAACGGGGCGGGUAAUUCUCAGUUUUGACUCUUGAUCGGUGAUAAACUGACCACGGUGACGGAGGGUGGGGAUACUGGCGGGAACGCCGUUUGUACUCUAGCAUGUAAAAGUUACCCAUUGGAGUGCUUUCUUUUUUGUCGUUGUAAAUAUUGCUCCCUCCGUUUAAAAAUAUAGGGUGUAUUUCCGUGUGAAUA